GGUCAGGAAUGGAGCUCGGUCCCUUUAAAUCCCGCCGAGGAACGCCGGAGGGCCGGGCCGCGCCAUUCCCGGAUCCGCCGGCUGGGAAUCGCUGGUCCCCAGCGCGUCCUGCAGCGCUUCCCGCGCCGCGCCCCCAGCCCGGUGUGCCGGCUCUGUGCGCGGGUGCCUGGGCGGUCGGGAGAAUGAGCCGCAUCUACCACGACGGCGCGCUCCGGAACAAGGCGGUGCAGAGCGUCCGGCUACCAGGGGCCUGGGACCCCUCCGCCCACCAGGGGGGAGAUGGUGUCCUGCUGGAGGGAGAACUGAUCGAUGUAUCUCGGCACAGCAUCUUGGACGCUCAUGGCAGGAAGGAGCGCUACUAUGUGCUGUAUAUCCGGCCCAGUCACAUCCAUCGCCGUAAAUUCGACGCCAAGGGAAAUGAAAUCGAGCCCAACUUCAGCGCCACCAGGAAGGUGAACACGGGCUUCCUCAUGUCAUCCUACAAGGUGGAAGCCAAGGGGGACACUGACAGGCUCACGCCCGAGGCGCUGAAGGGGCUGGUCAACAAGCCAGAGCUGCUGGCACUGACAGAGAGCCCCACCCCCGACCACACAGUGGCGUUCUGGAUGCCCGAGUCGGAGAUGGAGGCAAUGGAGCUCGAGCUGGGGGCCGGGGUACGGCUGAAGACUCGGGGCGAUGGUCCCUUCCUGGAUUCACUGGCCAAACUUGAGGCUGGAACAGUGACAAAGUGUAAUUUCGCUGGUGAUGGAAAGACAGGGGCAUCCUGGACAGACAACAUCAUGGCCCAAAAGUGUUCGGAGGGGGCUACAGCGGAGAUCCGAGAGCAGGGGGACGGGGCAGAAGACGAGGAGUGGCCAGAAGAAAUUCAACAGCAGAUUGUUCGAGAGACUUUCCAUUUAGUCCUCAAGCGGGAUGACAACAUCUGUAACUUCUUGGAGGGUGGAAGUUUGAUUGGUGGCUCUGACUACAAACUGAUCUACCGACACUAUGCUACCCUCUACUUUGUAUUUUGUGUGGAUUCGUCAGAGAGUGAACUUGGAAUCUUGGACCUCAUCCAGGUUUUUGUGGAAACUCUGGAUAAGUGUUUCGAAAAUGUGUGUGAAUUGGAUUUGAUCUUCCAUAUGGAUAAGGUGCACUACAUCCUCCAGGAGGUGGUGAUGGGUGGGAUGGUGUUGGAAACAAACAUGAAUGAAAUCGUGGCUCAGAUUGAAGCUCAAAACAGGCUGGAGAAAUCCGAGGGUGGCCUUUCAGCAGCCCCUGCGCGGGCUGUGUCUGCUGUGAAAAACAUCAACCUGCCAGAGAUUCCUCGGAACAUCAACAUUGGCGAUCUCAACAUCAAAGUUCCCAACCUGUCCCAGUUUGUCUGAGGGUCAAGGAUUGGGCUGAAAUAGAGUCCUUAAGACAAGCAAAGACAAGCACGUCUGGAAACAGAACCCAUUUUGAGCCAUAGAGGAGUCAAGCCUCAGGACCUGGAACCUUUGUGUCUGGGGAAGACUGUUUGGCAUGGAAUGGGGAAGGGAUUCCUAUUGACACUGCUCGGGUGUGCCCAGUUCUCACAUGUGCAGCCAUGCCGUUCUCUGAUGCACACGGCCGCUGCAGAUGUGAGGGGCCCUGCCUUCCUCAGCAGGGAGUCAGCAUGCCCAAGCCACUUGCACCUUUACCUUACACACGGACGCUCCCAAGGGUUAGGGACUGCAUUGAGCAGACCCACCUGCUUCCCAGAACCUCCUCACUAGGGCUGAGCACCUUCUCUGACUGGAGUCUUCAUCCUUAGCACCACAGACUUCCGAGGUCCCAUGGCCUUUACUUACUGGUGAGGUGUCAUAGGUAGAAAUGGGCUGGCCCUUCAGAUUUGGGGGUGUGGUGAGUGGCAAGUAAGGGCAGAAUUUUAGAAGAACCAGAGUCACCUGCUGUCUCUAUUGAGAUUGUUACACCCAGAAUCCUUUUGUAGUUUUUUUGUGGGUUUUUUGUUUUUUUUUUGAGACGGAGUCUUGCUCUGUCACCCAGGCUAGAGUGCAGUGGUGUAAUCUUGGCUCACUGCAACCUCUGCUUCCUGGGUUCAAGCAAUUCUCCUGUCUCAGCCUCCCCAGUAGCUGGGAUUACAGCACCCACCACCACGCCCAGCUAAUUCUUGUAUUUUUAGUAGAAAUGGUUUCACCAUGUUAGCCAGGCUGGUCUUGAACUCCUGGACCUCAAGUGAUCCACCUGCCUCAGCCUCCCAAAGUGCUGGCAUUACAGGUGUGAGCCACCAUGCCCUGCCACCAGAAUUCCUUUUGUAUAGCCGAGCCUUUUGGUUACCACCUCAUGAAGAAUAUGCUUCCUGCAUUGUCCUAGUCCCAGUUGUAUUCUCACAGGUGUUAUGUGCAGGACACGAUCCAAAUCAUAAACCUGGCGCAUGCCCACCACAUUUCUGCUAAUAGGGAGAGGGACCCACCACACACCCACACAUGCCAGAGGUCCCUCCUCCCAGAGGAGAGGCCCUGUGUCUGUAGAAGGUUAAAGCUGACAACAUGUGGAACAUCCCAGAAUUAUGACUCUUCCCAAGUUUAAAAUACAUUAUCCUCAUGGGAGCAGAAGGUUCGUUGCUGUGUUGUGAAUGAUGAGCUGCCUCCACAGGGAACCCACUGCCACCUGGGCCAGCUUCUGGAGCAUGAGAACCUGAGCCAGGGUCACCCUUUUGGGGCCUGGACAUGACGCAUGCUGGCUAAGACUAGGAGCAGGGCUGCCUCUUCUCCCUCCUGGAGCUCUGCUUAUGGGCACGCCCUGUUCCCUCAGGUGCCAUUCUCCCAGAGCUUAGGUGCCCAUAAAUGUUCUUACUGCGGUGGAGUAGGGCCUCCUGCUCCCACGCUGUCGCAUGGGCUAGAUCUCAGGUGUGCUGUUGAGCCACCUUGAGAUGAGGGCUGCUUCGCAGUAAAGUUUCCAGCCUGGGCCCCUCUCGGGCCUUCUGGUUGGGGACUCUCAGCCUCCUGAUGCUGUUGCAGGGCAGGUCUGAGAGGCUGCCCAGCAGCACCCCGUGUCAGGGCCACCUCGUUUUCCAUUUUUGAACAGCGCUCCCUGUGGUUUGUGCCCACUGCUCCAUACAGCCUCUGAUCCUCACUCUUGAAAGCUCCAUGAUAAGCGCAGAGAUGGGCAAUGUGGAUCAGAAGGUGGGCCUCUUACUGUGGAAGAGGGAAGUGUAGGUGAAUAGAUGUCAAAACCCCUGAUAGCAUUCUCUUGAAGGGUUGGAUUUUCUUUUUCUGGCAGACAUUUCAGUACAUUCACAUUUCUCUCAUUUGCUGAAUGUGAAAUCAGAAUAAAGGAGAUCAGUGUUUAUUUUGUACCUUGUGUAAGUUGGCAUGAGCAAGAUCAUUCAACAGUCCUUACAACAGACAUUCUUAUCCCCAUUUUGCAGAUGAAGGAAGUAGACCCAGUUCCAGUUACACAGGGCUGAGAUUCGAGACUGCUCACUUGACUUCAUUGUCCUUUUCUUUCCUCAUUGCUGCAGAUGGCUUCUCCCAAUGUUAUCAUCUUUUUUAUAGAUGAAACUGAGCCUCAAAGAGAUUAAGUGACUUCUCACAAACCGUGGUCUAAAUAGGCUUGAUUUUCUAAGGUGGUCAGUGAUCAUGUCAUAGAGUAUAAGAGCCAAAGAGUCUUCUGUGUCCCUCCAUUUAACUGAGGUUGAAGCCAAAGCCCAAGGUGGUAAGUGUUAUGUUGAGGGUCACAAAUCCAGAGCUACAUCCCUCUUCUUGAGUUCGUUUGUUAUGUGGUUUAAUGAAUUACUGUAGGACAGCCCCUGUGCUAGAUUUCCUGAGAUAACCUUGAGAUUUUGAAUGUUUUGCCUGCCAGAAACCAAUGGUUUUAGAAAAUCAUUGAGUGGUCCUACAGAUUCAAAGUGGGCAUCAAAACAUCCCUCACACUGCCUCUUACAAUGGCAUAAAACUAAAGCCCGUUUUUUUAUUUGGAAAACUCAAUCCCUUUGGACAAGCCACAAUAAUUUUUCAUUAACUGCUUAAGCUUACCUGCAAAUUCAGCUAGCUUUCCGGCCUGCUAUCAGCAAAGCCAUAAACAUCUUUUUAAAAUGGCCAGGUGCGGUGGCUCACGCCUGUAAUCCCAGCACUUUGGGAGGCCAAGGCAGGCAGAUCAUGAGGUCAGGAGAUCAAGACCAUCCUGGCUAACACAGUGAAUCCCUGUCUCUACUAAAAAUACAAAAAAUUAGCAAGGCGUGGUGGUGGACGCCUGUAGUCCCAGCUGCUCAGGAGGCUGAGACAGGAGAAUGGCGUGAACCUGGGAGGCAGAGCUUUCAGUGAGCGGAGAUCAUGCCACUACACUACAGCAUGGGAGACACAGAAAGACUCUGUCUCAAAAAAAAAAAAAAUAUAUAUAUAUAUAUAUGUGUGUGUGGGUGUGUGUUAAGGUUAUAUGGAAUACUCGGCUUUCCUUUUUUUGUGAGAUGGGGAUCUCACACUGUGGCUCAGGCUGGAGUGCAGUGGCGUGAUCAUGGCUCGCUGCAGCCUCGAAGCCCUGGGGUCAAGUGAUCCUCUCACCUCAGCCUCCCAAGUAGCUGGAACCACAGGCACGCAACCAUCACUCCUGGCUAGUUUUAUUUUUUUAGUAGAAUAAGGUCUCACUAUGUUGCACAGGUUGGUCUCUAACUCCUUACCUCAAGCCAUCCUCCUACCUUGGACUCCCAAACGUGUUGGGAUUACAGGUGUGAGCCACUGGACCUGGCCAAAUACUGGGUUUUCAGUGCUCACUGCCACUAAUAAAAAUCUGAAAUUCUUUCAUUAUGCAAUUUCUAAGUGCCUGGUGAGGGCCAAGCUCAGUUCUAGGCUCUGAAGAUUAAGAGGGAAACAAAGCUCUGCCUGCUCCUGUUGUCUCUGUGAGCAUCUUUGACAGAGUGCUCAGAUUGUUGGGAUACAGUGCAUCGGACUAGCAGCCUGAAUUCGUGGAGACUGCAGUCAGUAACUUUGUGAUAUAUGUAAUAUUUAGAGGACAAUGACCCAUUUCCCUACCUGCUACCUGAUCACAUCACACCCUCCUGGGCCAUACUCCAAACAGCCCACCUUCCUCUAGGCCUGGCCAUGGCCCUGUGCUUGCCACAUUGAGGAUUAAGUCAGGAUAUCUUGAGCUUUCUCAACUCCCUGUUUAUUCAGGCCUCUGACACAUAUAGAGCCAGCCUUCUCUCCCCACCACUUCUACUACCAUGGAGCCCACUUAGUAAAACCCUCUCUGGGCCCAGCUUCACCAGAAAAGACACCAGGGGAGCAAGGCUCAAACCAGGGGCAGCUAAAUCUGAUCUUGUGGACCAGUCUUUAGUAAGGGCUUUCAGCUUGGCUGUCUGUCCAUUGCUUUCCAAAUAGGAUGCAGCAAUGCUUGGUACAUGGAUAUUAAGAUCGGUAGUAGGGGCUAGUCCAAGUUUAGCAAUAGCCAAACUGGAGAGCCUCUGAAGUAUGAGAGUCCCAGAAGGAUUUGUCAGCUCCUGGCAGACAUCCUGAGUUUCACCUUCCUGAGUCUACCCUCCUGCAAAAGGGUGCCAGGCUCACUGUGGUGAUGGUUAGCCCAGUGUGCGCUGCACUCACACUGCAGCACAGGGUCGGUGCUUGCAGGCUGGUGGAUGCUGUCCUCUGGGUUAAGACUGUCCCUUCUGGGGAGCACUGGAGGCUUCUCCAUCUGCAGUGUUUCAGCAGAAGUUGGCAGAUAGGAAAACAGGCCCCCUGUAGGGAAGUAGUUCCAUGAAAAUGAUUAAUUCUUUCCAAAAGACUUAAAAUUCUUUCCUAUUUCAGUUUUUCCUUUCAAAAAAGGAAAUACAUUCAUAUAAUUCAAAACUUAAGUCUGUUCAGCAGAAGACUCCCACUCUGUUUCCCCAAACACUGAGCCCCAUCCCCCAUCCCUGGUAGCAAGAAGUGUUUCCAAUUUAAAGGUUAAGAAGCAAAGUCCCUGGAUUUGUAUUAGGGAUGUCUUCCUGAGAAUGUGAGUUGUGUUCCAUUUGACCCUGGCAGUUGACCUCGGCCCACUAGGAUCAUGCCGCCCUCUCCAGGGAGGAGGGUCUCCCCAUCACCCCGUACAGUGGCACCCUGACCCUGGCACUGCCCUUCCUUGCUCAGCAUACCUUUCCCGUGGCACUCACGUGAUGGGUAUUUGGUUUCUGAAGUUACUGGUUGUUUACCCUGCCGGGAUGUAAGCCCCUCCAGGGCAGGGGCUUGUCUCGUGUUCAGCGCUGCAUCCCAGCUGCUGGGCACAGUGCCUGGUCCAUGGCGUUCAAUAAAUAACUGUUGGAUGAGUGAA